ACUCGCCGUGAACCAGCUCACUUUCUUUCAUUUUUUUCUCUCCAGACUUUCUUCUCGGUGCUACUACUCUGAUAAAACUGCUUAUCUAAGAGAGAAGGGGAGAAAAAUCUCUUGACCAAAGGAGAGAUGAAGAUUUUAUCCGUUAAGUGAUAAUCAUAUCUUAUGAACCGUUCCGAUUCGUGCUAAAACCCCGUGCCUAUCUUAGAUUAAUCGUACGGGUUUCGAUGGCUGAGUUGACUCAGACCGAGGUGUACUCGCCUCGGUCGUUGCAAGUAUGGAGAGCUCUUUUGAACUGGCUGACCUUUUUCUAUCAGAUCUUUGCGCAGAUCAUCACAGCGGUUGGUCAGUAUCCUUUGCUUUCUUCCUCGUCUUCUUCGUCGACGACUUCGACUUCAACGCACCAUUUCAAGCCAUUGCCUGUUGUUGACUCGACUGCAAUUGAGUCGCCCGCUACGGUCGAGAUCGCUGCCGUUUUGGACUCACCUGUUCCAGCUGAUGAGGCCCACGUCAAAAAAUUAACGGUAGUUCUUGACUUGGAUGAAACUCUAGUAUGUGCAUAUGAGACAUCUAGUCUGCCACCUUCCCUUCGUAACCAAGCAACGGAUGCUGGAUUGAAGUGGUUCGAGUUGGAAUGUGUAUCUUCGGACAAGGAAUGUGAAGGGAAGCCUAAGAUCAACUAUGUUACAGUGUUUGAGCGCCCAGGGUUGCAGGAUUUUCUAAACCAACUAAGUGAAUUUGCUGAGCUUGUACUAUUUACUGCUGGCCUUGAAGGUUUGCUCAUAAUUGCUAUGCUAGACCACUUGUUGACAGAAUUGAUGUAGAAAAUCGAUUUAGUCUUCGACUUUAUAGACCUUCUACUAUUAGUACGUAAGUAUGCUUCCCCCACAUGUACCUUUCGUAAUUUCUGGCCUAUUAUUUCUAGUGUAGACUAAAAUCAAUGAAACGUUUUCAUCUUUUGCAUUGCACAUUUCCUGCCUUUGGAAUUAAACUGAUACUGGUUCUUUAUAUUUCAUUGCCUAUUAUAUGCUUUCUCGUAUACCCUAUCCUAUGUUAAAUGGACCUUAGUCAUGAUAUACAGGGGGGGACUUCUCUUCCCAGGGAUGUUCAUGUAUAAGGGCCAAAACCUGCACGUAUAAAUUCCUUCCCGUUUUUCCCUGCUAUCUUUUUGUAAGAUGACUUCAAAUUUUAGGCAACAUGAAUCUCCAAAAGGAAAUGUUUUGGAGUUUUGCUUAGAUUUUAUGAGUUCAUUUUAAGAUUUUGCGAAGUUGUGUUAAUGACUUGAUCUUCUAAGUUCUGUUUGAUAAAGUUUAGGAAAGCAUUGUUGAGUAGUUUAAUUUCAUAUCUAAGAUAUAAGGAUAUAUUGUUUAGUUUAGGUGUCCAAAAACUCCUAAAAUGCUUUAUGCCAAGCUUUGACGUUUUAGAGUGAAUUUGUGCUUCCUUUAUGUUGGAUGCAUAUGCAUACACCUUACAACUUGUACCCUCGUGAUUCCAUGCGUCCC